GUCAUAUAAAAGGCGAGGUCGGCUGUCUGGCGCUGUCAGUCCUCCAGAAAACAUAUCGCCUCGCUGAUCACCCACGCCAUACGCCGAAAACAUGAGGGAGUUAAUUCUUUUAGUCAUUGUUUCAGGAAUCCUCUACGCAAACGCCCAAAUGGCUCCGGGUGUGGGUGGGGCUGGAAUGGGCCGAGGUAUGAUGGCGAUGGGGGCUGCCGGAGCUGCAGGGGGAAUGGACAUGAAAAACCUCUUGAGAACACGCGUGAUGAUGAACAUGAUAAACAAAACAGGCAAGGGAUCAUUCUUCCAGAACAUGCUGCACGUGAGAACAUUCUGUGAAGCAGGAGAUUUCGUCAUGGGUGAGGGAAUCGCUGGAAUCAUGAUGGCCGACUGUAACAGAAUGAUGGGUAUGAAAUGUAUGAAAAGAUCGACCGAAAAAUACGGCAUGCCAACCUUCCUUAAAUGUCAGCCAAAUGGUCUUUGCUGCUUUGAUGGUAUCCGGGAAAAACUACUAGCGAACUCUUUAGCCGCUAAAAAAUAGAUAGUAAAUGGUUCUAUAAAUUGAUGUGUCCUAAAGCUUAUUUUCUCAUCACCUCCAUUAUAAACUAGAGGAAUAAUGCCCGGAAGUUUAUUCUCCAUGACGUCAUUUCCUGUAUUUACAUUUCAUAUGCUAAAUUAAGUAUACUUGUUCAUCUGAUGGCACCCGCAGGUCAUUACAAAUAAAAUCAAUUUUGUUGAAUUUU